CUUCAAUUGCAAUUAAACCAAGAUCUAGGCAUCUUGCAUCAAGAUGAUGGCUCAUCAAAAAAUAAAAGAGGAGUUCUUCCCAAGCACGCUACAAAUGUGAUGAGAUCUUGGCUUUUUCAGCACAUAGGGCAUCCAUAUCCAACAGAGGAUGAGAAGAAACAGAUUGCAGCACAAACAAAUCUGACACUACUCCAGGUUAACAACUGGUUUAUCAAUGCUAGAAGGCGAAUUCUUCAGCCAAUGCUGGAUUCCAGUUGUUCUGAAACUCCAAAAACAAAGAAGAAAACAGCUCAGAACCGACCGGUUCAGAGGUUCUGGCCUGAUUCUAUUGCCUCAGGAGUUGCUCAGCAGCAAUCUAAUGAGCUCACAAUGUCAGAUGGUGCUGUUGUAACAAUUACAGCUCCAGUCAACAUGAAUGUAGACAGUCUCCAGUCUUUGUCAUCCGAUGGUGCUACUUUGGCUGUUCAGCAAGUUAUGAUGGCAGGGCAAAGUGAGGAUGAGUCCGUAGACAGCGGUGAAGAUGAUGGAGGAGAUCUCUCAACAACAAAUAUCAGUGGGCUGGUCUUGGAUAACAGCGAUUCUCUGCAGUAGGAAGCAAGAGAAUGUGACAAACAGUUUAGGAGAAAGAAUGGACUGACUGACUGACUGUUUUUAUAGUUUGCACAGCAAACAUUUUACACAAGUUUUAUUUCUAAUAUGUUUUAUAUGUAGAUAUAGAAGGGUGCACUUUUUUGUAUUUCAUAGUAAGCUUAAAGAGUGUUUUUGCAGGUGCAGCAACUUCUUUCAAAUGUGUUUUUUCAUUUCUUUUCCUUAUUUCAGAAAAUUAUAUGUAGUAAUAUAAAGAACCACAUAAGCACCCCUUUGUUCUAUGAAUUGGAAGUGCUGCAAUUUUUAAAGAAUUAUGCAGUUUCAAUUAGUGCUGUUAUUUAACGCAGCUCUUGAUGGGCAGGUAAUGUAAAUUUAAAGCAUGUGACACUAGUGUGUGGAACUCGAUCAUUAAGUUAGAUGCAUAUAUUUGAAAGAUGCUUCUGCACCUUAAAAACUGCUAGUCUGAGGUGGACAGCAACACACAUAAAAAGAAA